AUGGAGCUGAACCUCGACGGGCUGGCCAACCUGCACCAGGCCGGCGAGCUGCUGAGCCCGGCGGGGGCGCACGCCCGCCAGCCGCCCCCGCCGCCGCCGCCUCCGCCCCCGCCGCCGCCCUCGGCGCACCGCAACCUGGUCUCCUCGCACGGGCGGCCGGCCAUGGUCUCCAGCAUGGCCUCCAUCCUGGACGGUGCGGGCGAGUACCGGCCCGAGCACAGCCUGGGCGCGCCGCUGCACCCGGCCAUGAGCAUGGCCUGCGAGUCGCCCUCGGGCAUGAGCACCUACACCACGCUGACGCCGCUGCAGCACCUGCCGCCCAUCUCCACCGUCUCCGAGAAGUUCCACCACCCGCACCACCACCACCACCACCACCACCACCACGCCCCGCACCAGCGCCUCUCCGGCAACGUCAGCGGCAGCUUCGCGCUCAUGCGGGAGGAGCGCAGCCUGGCCGCCUCCAUGGGCAACCUCUACGGCCACUACCCCAAGGAGAUGCCCGCCAUGGGCCAGCCGCUCUCGCCCCUCUCCAACGGCCUGGGCGCCCUGCACAACAGCCAGCAGAGCCUGGCGCCCUACGGGCCCGGGGGCCACCUGGCCGGCGACAAGCUGCUCUCGCCCAACGGCUUCGAGGCGCACAUGCUCUCCCGCAGCGAGGAGCACCUGGCCCGCGGCUUGGCCGGGCCCGGCGCCGGCAUGAUGCCCGCCCUCAACGGCAUGCACCCGCACGGGCACCCCCACGGGCAGGCCAACGGCGCCCUCCUGGGCGAGCGCGAGCGGCAGGCGGCGGCGUCCGGCUCGCAGGCCGGCGCCUCGGGCCAGGUGGAGGAGAUCAACACCAAGGAGGUGGCCCAGCGCAUCACGGCCGAGCUGAAGCGCUACAGCAUCCCCCAGGCCAUCUUCGCCCAGCGGAUCUUGUGCCGCUCCCAGGGCACCCUCUCCGACCUGCUGAGGAACCCCAAACCCUGGAGUAAACUCAAGUCUGGGCGGGAGACCUUCCGCAGGAUGUGGAAAUGGCUGCAGGAGCCCGAAUUCCAGCGGAUGUCGGCCCUCCGGUUGGCAGCGUGCAAACGUAAAGAACAGGAACAGCAGAAAGACAGGAACCUGCAGCCCAAAAAGCAACGUUUGGUCUUCACAGACCUCCAACGCCGCACCCUGAUUGCCAUCUUCAAGGAGAACAAGAGGCCCUCCAAAGAAAUGCAGAUGACCAUCUCCCAGCAGCUCGGUCUGGAGCUGAACACAGUCAGCAAUUUCUUCAUGAAUGCUCGCCGACGGUGUAUGAAUCGCUGGCAGGAGGAGCCCGGAACCAACCCCGGAGUCCCUUCUUCAUCAACAAGCACUUUUUCCAAAGCAUAA